ACCCCCUGUCUUGUUGGAUCUAGUUUAUUGAGAUUUUCCGCUAGCCAUAUCUUUAGUUUUAGCUUGUCUUUCGAAGCAGUAACUUCCGUAUUUCUAUCUUGCUAUAUAGGACCUCUUUAGCCGGAUUACAUAAAACGUUGUUUAGUCCUAUUCGGCGUCUGUACUCGAAUCUCGCAAGCUCCUGUGAAGGAUCUGAAAAGUGCUUCACAUACGAAAACCAUGCUGCUGUGUUAUGUUUUCCUGUUCAUCGUCAUAUGGCAUGUACAGCUAAGCCAAGCCAGUGAGCAGUGCCGUCGGUCCACAUAUUCAGAGUAUGGUCACCAUCUUUCCGGUCACGUUGUUUCAACUCAAAAAACUUCCAGUAUUAGUGAGUGUGGGAUGAUCUGUUCGAGCGAGUCUCGCUGCAGGAGUUUGAACUUCCGUAUAAAAGAUAAGUCAUGUGAUUUGAAUGAUGCAAACAAACAUACUCACCCAGGGGAUUUUGGUCCGAAGGAAGGAUCAGUUUAUAUGAACAAGGUUGAUGAAUUCAAAUCUUGCUCGGAGAUUCUCAAUAAGUGGCCUGAUGCGGAAAGCGGCUACUACUGGAUAGAUAUUGGGAGUAGAAAGGAAGACGUCUACUGUGAUAUGGAAAAACAUGGCGGUGGAUGGACCUUAGUUGUGGAUAUCAGCUCAAACAACAACGAUCAUCUUCAAAGCGUACGCAAUAACUGCAUCAACGACUCGCUGUGUGUUCCCUUUACUGACCAGGAUCAAGGUAGAAAACUGGGCGACAGUGACAUACAUGAGUUAGCUAGGACAGAAGGAACCUUUAGGGUCGAUGUGCUAAAAAGUGAUCGCACCCUCUCGCAUACAGUAUUUUAUCAGAUACCCAGUGGACCUAACAAAUUCAACUCAACAUGCCGCCAGGGAAAUUGUCCACGAAUUAUCAUAUCACAUUCCCAUCCCUAUCAUUGGGAGACUAACAACUGCACAAGCACUGCCGUGGGAUAUCGCAUUUUUUCCGGGUGUCACAGUGUUUUUGAUGGACACGAUAACUAUGAGUGCAAUAAUAGCUCCUGGUCGUCGUCCAAGUACGCCAACGAACGGGCACUAUAUGGCUACCCAUGCCCUGAGAUACCAGACCAUGACAGUCGUGGGAUAUAUAGAAACCGUACAGGAAGGCUGUACGUCAAGUAAACAGUUCACAGAACAAAGAAUCUUUAAUGUAAAAUUUAAAUUCACUGUAACUAUCACCACCAUACUAGAAAUAAAUUAUUCCUCACUCAGAGCUCAGAAAGACUAAACCCCUUUCCUCAAAUCAUUACUUUAAAAACUCAAUUCCAAUUCUAGUAAACAACUUUUGCGGGACUGUCGAUUGAAGUUAAAAUUGGCAGAGUAAUGGUUUAUGUCCAGAAAAGAUGUGGUCCAACGAAGCCUUAAGCUUGUAAGAAGUAAAGUAAAUAAAUAACUAAACAGUUACCUCUUUUUAUUGUUUUUUCCUCAAGAUCCGCUUCAUACGCAUGAACUUAAAAGGGUCUAUGG